AAAAAUCCAUAGCUAGAAAUUAAAGAAAGUGUUGAAACUUGAAAGUUGAUAGUUGAAGAUCAAGGUGAAUUUUUGAAAAUGCAGGGAGCAAAGAAAGCUACUGAGACCAUGAAAGAAACUGCUGCCAACAUUGGUGCUUCUGCCAAAUCCGGUAAGGAGAAGACCAAGGCCACCGUUCAGGAAAAGGCAGAAAAGGUGACGGCAGGUGACCCUGUGCAAAAGGAGAUGGCAACACAGAAGAAAGAGGCAAAGGUGAGCCAGGCGGAGCUGGAUAAGCUGGCGGCGCGUGAGCACAACGCGGCGACCAAACAGUCGGCAGCAGCAGCUGCUCACAUGGGGACUGGGACCGGAACCGGAACAGCGGCGUACUCAACCACAGGGGCACAUGGGCAGCCCAUGGGGGCCCAUCAGACCUCAGCUUUGCCUGGCCAUGGAACUGGACAUAAUACCCGUGUGGGUGGAAACCCAAAUGCCACUGGGUAUGGGACUGGCGGUACUUACAAUUAAAUAAUAAAAUAGGUUAUAUCAAAGUUCAUUCGGGUUUUGAAUUUUGAUUAAUGUAUGGGAAGACUAAGUUAGGGGUAUGGUUUUGUUGUUGUUGUUCAUUGUCUUUGUAUGUUUUGUUUAGCUGCUUUUGUUUUUGCCAUAAGCAGUUUGGUGUGUUUUUACAACAGGGUUUUUCCACUAGCACGUGGGGUUAUGUGUCAUGAUGUUGUAAUGUGACUUUGUUUAAUGAAUAAGUAGUUAUAAAA